GUAGACCCCAACAGCUUUCUUGCAGAUGAUGAUGCGCAUCAAUAUGCUGAGGUUGGUGCUGUAGUUGAGUCAAAGUCAGAGCAAGUAGCUGUAGUAGAUGCAGAUGCGGAAACCACGACAGUUGUAUCUUCAGACAGAGACCACAACUUGUUGUCGAAAACAGCAGUCGAUGUUUUUGAGGGGAAUCAGCCAUCCCAUUUGGCCACCAAGAUUUUGAAGCCAUCAAGGUCGAGCCCUCUAGCAGUGAUAGAACUUCUUGGAGGUGGUGCGAGGAGUACUUCCACCAGGGAAAGCUCCAGGGCACGCGAAUUGACGACUACGCAGUUGGGUGAUCCUCCGUUUCUGACGAUCUUGAAUGUCGAAUUGUCAGCCGGGUCCGACGCCACGUUAGAUGUCGUCGUGACGAUCAAUUAAGGCUAGUUGGUUGCAUUUCGCCGUCCUCCACCGCAGGUCUAGGUGUGAGCAGUGGAAGAAAAACUCUAUCUUUCGAAGACUUCGACUUCAUUCAGGAAGAUCAUUCCCCAGGAUGUCAUGGGAGCUUAUCUUCAUGAAAGAAGAUUGAUCAGGCGGCCUAUGAAAAACUACGACUACCUUGGAAGAUUUAGAAGAUGUUGAAAAGCUACCUUUAACCUAAGGGCGAUCCAGGUAAUGUGGAACGUUUAACGACUGCGUGGGCUGAGCAAACGACUGCUGCAAGUUCAACAACAACCAGUCCUGGCUCUAGCUUUUCGCUUCGCGGAGAGAGUGGGGGAGAACAAAAAGAUCACGAAAAAGAAGAAGACUCGCACUCUUUCUUAAGAUCUGCAGCUUCGGAAGAGGCUGACCUACAGAAGGCUAUGCAAGACGGCAGUCAAGCGUCGAACCCGACUACUUACGGCUUGCCCUGCUACAGACUUGAUACUUACUUACAUUGUCGGUCAGGACCAGCAUUGAUUUGCAUUCUUGUCCUCUUUACAAUAAGAAGAUGAGCGUUGCUCCCAGGAGAGCGUAGCUUUCGAGGCGUAGUUCUAAGCACCUCAAGCAUUCAGUGCAUCAACUAUGGGAACGGCGAUAGCGUCAGCAGUAAGCGCAAACCCUGACCUUAACAACACGGUAAGCGCUGUGGCAAGUAGUGUACAGAUUCCGGUCACCACGACCACGACGUCCACAACUAUUAUGGUAAACCUCAACAUUACUGCUUUUAUUCUUUUCGUAUUACCCUUAAAGUUGAAUCUGAAUGAAAAUGAAUCGAAUUAUAGAACGACCAAGUUCAAGUUGUAGGCAGAACCAGAACCUAAUAAAUUGACAUCAUAGAAGGUGUUUCGAAAUAAGUUCUGUUUCGAAAUGUGUUCAGUAGGUCCUACACGCUAACGCUACCACGGCAUCGACCACGACUUCCUCUUCGAGUACGUCUUCUACGACAACGUCUGAAACAUCUACGACGACUGCUAGUACAUCCUCUACAACGUCUUUCACAUACACGACUACUACGGGAACAGAGACCGAAACUUAAGGGUAGUAGAUCACUAGCUCAGACUUCCGAGUUGUGGGUUUGUUCUGCCUGAUUUUGAGGACGGUUUGUUCUGUCUGAUUUUGAUGUGCGUGUGGAACUGUGUUCCAAACGAGGGAAGGAAAAACCCACUCGACGACGGAUAGUGAGAGACUCUUUACUUCUAUUAAGAGACGUCGACGAGAAGUACAGGCACG